ACAUCCGCUCUAGCCGCUACCCUUUCCUGUUAGCUAACACAGAGCUUUCAUGUCAUACCACAUUUAGCUACCUAUCUCUUUGAUACAUUUACUCAGUCUAUAGUACUCUUUCGAUCAAACGCAAAUAUGGCAGAGGCCAUUCAAAAGAAAUUGAAAGCGGAAGUAGAAAAAUAUACACAGAUGCAAAAAGAUGUUAGCAAGAGCAUGUCAGCCAGACAGAAGCUGGAGACGCAGCUGACAGAGAACAACAUUGUCAAAGAGGAGCUUGAUCUGCUGGACAGCACAAACACAGUUUAUAAGCUUAUUGGCCCAGUAUUAGUGAAGCAAGACCUGGAUGAGGCCAAAGCCACAGUCACAAAAAGACUGGAGUACAUCACCGGAGAGAUUCAAAGGUAUGAGACGCUCCUGAAAGACAUGGAAAAGAAAUCUGAACAGCAUCGAGAAGUCUUGUCCAGUUUACAGCAGGAGUACCAGAGAGCUCAGGGCCUGGCUGUUGGCAAAGUCUGACCAAGUGCCAUCCAGCUGCAUGCUCACACACACACACACACACACACACACACACGCAGAUAAAAGUAGAAGGGGUUAGUCACAAUAUAAUGUAAACCUACAACAUAAGGCUGAGUAAAUUCUGCUUGUAUGUUGUCAUUAAAUUGCAGCGUUAUUCCUGUGACUUUUCUCUUGUAAUAAACAUGUUUUUCAUGAAAGGUCA